AUGGGUUCAGAACAAAAGUCUGUCCUUCUUCAACUCGCUCAGAGCGUCCUUGAAACCACCAAGACUAUCGUGCAACAACUGCAUGAUACCAACCAGGAAGAACCAUCAUUUGACCAAAACAGCCCUUCCAUCCAGGGCGACGCCAACUAUGAGGCCAGUAGAAUUGAGCUGAACGAAGCAGCACUCAGUCUUGUGCGUCUGGUCAACGGUCCUGUCAAUGAAUACCGAAGAAUCCAUUUAGUUCAUUAUGACAUCGCAGCUUACCAAGCUGCGCUGGAACUUCAAUUGUUCAGAUAUGUGCCACUGGAUGGAAAGAUCAGUCUUUCUGACCUAGCCCACAAAGUUGGAAUGGAUGAAGAUCGUUGUGGCAGGAUCAUCAGGCUUCUCGCAACCCAGAAUAUCUUCAAUGAGGUUGAUACGGACGUGUUUGAACACACAGCAGGGUCUGCCCUAAUAGCAAGGGAUACCGAUAUGGAGGCCAUGCUUCUGAUGCAGUAUGAUGAACUCCACAACGCAUCCACUGCUACGGCUCAAUGCAUAAAGGAUGCUCCUUUUGUGUCAGAUGGCACUUCUUGUCCUUUCCAAACAUACUACGGCAAGUCAACAUAUGCCUGGUAUGCUGAGAAUCCGGACAAAGCCGCGCGUUUUGCCAAGGCUAUGGCCGCCAUCACGCAAAUGGACCAAUCUAUCGCCAUGCUUUGCGAUGAUUUCCCCUGGGGUAAGCUUGGAGCUCCGGGCAAGGUUGUUGAUAUGGGCGGUGGGAGCGGACACGUGUCUAUGCAUCUUGCGUCUCACUUUGACAACCUUGAAUUUGUAGUCCAAGAUUCGAACAGGUCGGCGCUCGCUGAAGGAAGAGCGAAAGUGGGCGCUGAUAUCGCCCCGAGAAUCAAAUUCAUGCACCACGACUUCUUCGGCGAGCAGACCAUCACAGAUGCCAAUGCAUUUUUCUUGCGUCAGUGUCUGCACAACUGGAACGACGACGAUUGCAUCAAGGUAAUUCGAGCUCUGGUCCCAGCACUUGAGAAAUGCAAACCUGGAACUCGGCUUCUUAUCAACGACACUAUACUACCGGAGAGGAAUGAGAUGUCAAAAUAUGAGGAGUAUUUAUCUCGCCAAGUUGACAUGUGUAUGUUUGUCGUGGCUGGUGCCAAGGAGCGAUCUAGAAAGCAGUUUGAGAAGAUUCUCAAAGAAGCAGAUUCCCGACUUGAGGUGGUCAAAGUUCAUGGUACCCGCACAAUGGGUCUUCUGGAGGUUUGCUUGAGGGGCCAGAGCUGA